CUCUUGGUGACCUUCUGGGGUUGACUACAAAUUUGUUCUCGAAGGUCACGACUCAGAGAAUCACGUUAUGCAAACUGACCGUACUUUUUUGGAUCUGUUCUGGGGAUUAUCAGCUAGAGAUGAAAACCAAAGAAUAGAAGCCUCCAACAAGCUGGUAGAUUUGUUAAGUAGUAAAACGGGUGAAGUGAAAACCACUUACUUCACCUAUACAAGGCAAAGGCUCGUUAAAGGCCUAAAGUCGUUUGAUGAGUCUACGAGUUCUAGCUAUGAGCACUGUCUUAUACGUUACCUCAAAGAUUUUCCAACGGAAACCUCAACCAAAGAACUAGCGGAAUCCAUGAGUGUUCAAGUUUUUGCCUCAGAGCCGUCCACUCAAAAUGAACGUUCGUCUGUGAAAUCGGCGUACUUAUCAUGCACAAGAGUGCUUUGUGCAUCUGGCAGAAUAAAGGAGAUUGAUGAAGAGUUCGCUAAAGUAUUGCUUCAACCUAUUAUCCUGUUAACAAAAUCCAUUCAUCAUAGAGCUGCCGCAUAUUUAGCAAUAUCGGAAAUGAGUCUUCAAGCACCUAAACAUUUAAUCGCAAAAUUGAGUUGUUUUUUGAAAGAAACAUGGCAAAACCUCAUGUCUUCAAACUCGGAUAUCACUGGAGAACUCCUGCUUGUCAUUCUGUCAUUUCAGCAUCGCUUUCAGAAACGUCUUCAAAAGCUAGAUAUUCCAGCAUUCAAAUUAUCUGAGAAACAGUAUCGUAGGAAGCUCUUAUUUGGAAUUCUUCAUUCUCACGAUGCCAUUGUGAUGCGGUUAAUCGAUGAAGUUUUAAAGCGCGAUAUCCUGAGUACUGUUUGGGAUUCUGUCAAAGCUACCUUAUGUUCUAAAGCCAAUAAAGCCAAAAAUACUUUCCGAUUUCUGCAAAUUGCCGCUCACAUCGUUUGUAAUGAGGAGGAGAAGUUUGAUUUCGUCUUAUCUAGUGAAGUCUUUGAGGGUUUCAGCAAGCAGUUAUCAGAUUGCAAGUACAGUUAUUUCCCUCAAGUCUCCCAUUUACUAAGAGUGAUGAUGGACAAGAUUAUUGGUUCCACAACUGUUGAUGAAAAUCUCCAGAAAUCCGCGGUUUCUAUGUCUCCAGACCGGCUAUUGAAAUCGAUUGCUUUAAAUUACCCACUAUUUGACUUUUUUUGCGACUCUAGCUCCCCUAAGCCAUGUCAGAUUAUUUUUGAUUCUGCACCAUCGUCACUAUCGUUAGAUACUCUUCAGUUGUACGUUAAGCAGUUAACAAAUGCUUUUAUCAAUGCUGAGGUUCAAUAUUCAAACAAAAAUGUACGCAACAUACGUGGCUUAAAGAAUCCAAAUCAAAUCCAAUCAGUUGACUUAAAUUAUGAUGCUAUUCAAUGUUUCGUAAUUAAGCACUUGCAGAUAGUUGUAAACACAAUCCUAAAAUUCAGAUACACGGAAGGAACUGAAUUGCUCAGUCAGAUUCUGGAGUUCCUACUAACUAUUGGUAUGACUUAUUCAUUGAAGGUUGAUAACACCGCUUUAAAGACACCGAUCUCAACAAAUGUUGCCAAGAUUUGCUGGGGUGUUUUAUUUGGGAUAUUAGAUUGUAUGGUAUUGCAAGCAGUUACGAUCAACAAACACUCUGGUCAGGAGACUAUCAAGAACAUUACAAAUAUGGAUAUAAUUAGACAUUGUGUAUCCCUACUUAAAAAUGCCGUCCCACAAUGUACUAGGGCUAUGUCCACACAUUCUUCUAACACAGAUAUUAGUCUUUGUCUGGAUUCGUUGAAACGAUGCCUUAAGCUUCUCCAAAGAGUAGAUUCUGAGGAUCAGUUGGAUCAGUACAUACUGAUAAUGUGCGGAGCUGUUUCUGUUUUUUCUCUCUCCAUGCCAAUCGAAGACACGUUUGAAAUCUUAAACGAUUUGGUUGAAUGCAGAAAAAGGCGUCUAGAGAAUAUAUUUGAAGGUCCCCACUGGUCGGAAGUGCUUACUGAUGUGGUUCUAAGUGCCCUUUCCUUUCCUGUCCACAUGUUGCGCUCUGUCACCCGUCUAACAUUUAAGAAAAUGGUUUUGGAAAAGGCAUUUAUAAGUACGAUUAAUUCAGGUGAAGAAUAUCCUUCUUGCCUAAAACUAAUUGGUGAUAUACUUAAGACACGGUCAUCAAAACAAGCUGACCGUGCAAAGCAUGAUGAAGACGAAGAUGACGACUCAGAAAAAGAAGAUUUAGUUCAUUUUUCGUUGUUCAGUUCGACAAAAUUAAUACAGUCUAAGGAGUUGUCUAUGCAAAUUGAUGAUUUUGAGGACGAAACCGUCUCAGUUGAAGAUGAAGAAAAAAUUGCUAAUCAAGAGAGAAACUCACAAGAUACCUCAGAUGAUUCAGACUCUGAUGCAGUUGAAGAAGAGAUUGAUAUUGAUGAAGAUGAACUUAAUCAAAUUAAAAAUAGUGUACGUGAUGCACUUGGUCCAGCUGCAUUAGAUAGUGAAAAUAAUGAUAACGAUUGCCGGGACUUCACAGAUGCUGAGAUGUUUGAACGUGAUGAAGCUUUGGCAGCUGCAUUUCGUAUUCAUAUGCGUAAACCUCAACGAAUAGUCGCUGAUCAAGCUCGUUCAGUUGGUGAAUUGAAAAUGAAAUGUUUCGAUUUGAUUGAAUGUAUUCUGCAGUAUAGUUCUGAACCUCAACUUGUCUUGCCUGCUCUUGAUCUUGUGCUUGAUAUUGGCAAAGGAUCCAUUGAAUAUGAAACAGCCAAAUCACGAAAUGAUUUAAGCUCAAAUAGAAAAAUCAACCAGAAACAAAAGAGAAAAACUAGUUUUAUUGCUAAAUAUGGUGACAUACCUCCACUGUCAAGUAUAAUACUUGUUGUGAGAAAAUGGCGUUUCAGGUCGCAAAAAACUCAAUCCGAGUUUAUAGAAUCUCUCAAGAACCUUGAUCAACAUGUUUAUUUGAAAAAAAUUAUGCAAUCUCUUAUAGAUGCGGCCAAAACAACGGAUAGAACUCAACUGUUUACAGAAUUGUUAUCCAACAUUAUAGAAUUUAUUUAUCGAAGUAUGAAACCGUUGAAAGCAGAAUUUCCCGAUUUGGAAUCACCAUUGUCUGAUUAUUUAUUAGAACAACUUCAUGAAGUUUUAAGUAAUACUAACCAUCAAGCUACACUAUUCCUUAAUCUUCUAAGUCACUGCCAAACAUUUGCACACAAGGCCUCAAAAUUGCUUGUCGAAACUACUGUGAAAGCAUGCGAAAAAAUAAUCGAUAGUUUAGAUGAUAUUCGCGAAGUUAAAAUUAAUGGUUUCGAAAGUUGUAAUCUCGUUAAUUUGUUCCAAAUAGUUACUCAUAUGUUCAAGUCAAAUAAAAAUGAGUUAAAAGCUAAGAAAAUGUCAAGGAAACUCAGUGUCAAACUAGCUGAAGUGUUGCAAACAGCAGAGAAAGCUAGCCAAUGUUCAGUGAACAACAACGUCUGGUACAAUCGUCUCAAAUUAUCGUUAGCCUUGUUCGAACUACUUAUGUGUACUGUAAAACUCGAUGAGAAUGCUUCGUCUACGUUUCUUCAAGAUCAUAUUGUUAAACUUCUAGAGAAAUUUCCAUCAACACAAAAACCUAUCAGAUCUGCAGCACGACGCUUUUUAAACUUGUUGAAAGAGAACAAUCGUAAAUCUGGCAUAUUUAAUGAAUCUGAAAGUCGACAAGAAAAAUUACGUCUUAAAAUGGAACGCAAGAAACAACGUCAACAAAAGCGUAAAGAAAAAGCCUUAAUGAAAAGGAAGCCGGCGAAUAAAGCAACUGAACCAAAACGAAAUGAAGUCAACGCAAAAAAGAAAUCUCUUAAGAAUAACGCUAAUAAAUCUAAGUCAACGAUUAAAACAGUGCCUUCACCAAAGGACAGCCAAAAAGUGCGUGUUCUGAAACGAAAACAUCAACCAGAUAUCAAAAAUGGCAAUAAAAAGAGAAAAGUUACUGAGGAUUAAAUAUUAUGAGAUUGAGAAAAAAUUGUAAAUAUAUAUUUUUCAGUGUAUGCUUCCACAUUUUUCAUUUGAAGCAGUAUGAUCAUCAUAAACAGAUACAACAAUAGACAGGUGAAUUUGCAAAGAUUCCGUAGAAUUACCAUUAUGUAACGGUAUCGGCCGGUCGAUUACCAUUUCUAAUAGUGAAAUAUAGGUCAACCAUUCAUGUAGAGUCUAGAUUCCGACGAUAUACAUACCACUAAUGGAUGUCACUAAACGAAGUCAAUCUCCAUCAAGAUUGUCAGGUGUGUACUUAGGAAUUUUGUGCUUAAAAAUUCGAACCUAUUAAGUGGGAAUAAAUUUGUAAAUGUGAUGAACUUCAGAAAACUAUGGGUAGGACAACUACGUUACUAUUAUACAUGUAUCUGACUGACGUUUAUGUUAGUUGUCUAUGCUAAAUUUGGGGUAAUAAUCCUUGCUAUCCUGUCAUGACACAAGCGGGAGAGAAAAUGUCAAUGAAAAUAAUACGCUUAUAAGGAACCUAGGGAUGUAUUGCCUGCGAGUUUUCUAUUUAAUCGAUGAGACGAUUAUUUAGUGACUUGUCUAGAAACCUUAUUAACGCCUAUGUGAAUUUUUCCUAAUGUUUGAACAGACUAAUACGCUGACUACGUAUUCCGUGAACUACUAUACAUAACUUGUUCGUUCUUGUAAAUUAUUUACUGUUAACAGACAUUAUCAUAAGUGUAUGUGUGCAUGUCUGUUCCCCUUAUCUGUAAUUUGUGCGUUGUCUAUUUGAUUCGUAUUUAAACAUUUUAAAUAGGCUCUUACUAUGUGCGUCUAUUCAACUACCAUAUUUACAUGCUUAGCCUGCUCAAAUGAAUGUUUGAAAUAUACGCGUCCUCACUACAGUUCGUGUUCCACUUAAUACUUUAUUCACCAGGCACAGAUGACUCAUCUCCAUCCCUUUUUAAGGAUAGUAGCGACCUGGCCAUGAGUCUGACUGAGCUGUAUGCAAAAGUUUAGAAAGCCGUCUUUCCAAACCCUGGAAUGCGUCGAUAGUCGUCUCUAUAUUUAAAAGGGGAUUAUUUGACUUGCGCAAAGUUUAUUGAGGAAUAAGAUUACUUCCGAUUGCGUCCAAAUUAUUGACUUCCGUCAUAUUUCAUAUAUUGUUCAAAACUUGGGAAACACCGACUCGCGAGAUGCAAGCUAGAUUUUGUUCCAGUUGAGGAUAUAUUGGUUAUAUUUCCACUAUUUGUAAAAUGUUAGAACAACGCCAUACCUAUCACAGGUCAACAAUCGUAGUGUUUUUUGACAUCAGGACUGUUCCCUGGGAUUGUGUAUUGAAGAAAGAUGUGCUCUAUAAAGAAACACCUUAGAGUAUGGGCAUAAUACCAACUCUCCCCGCUGUUUCAUUCAAGUAGUGAGGUUAGGCAUGGUUGCCCAAUCUCAUCAUUCCUCUUCAACUUGGUCAUCGAUGACGUGAUGAAUACACCUAUGAUGGAUGUAAAUAACGGUGGUGUGGAUCUGUCGUCUAGAGAAAAACCUGUCGACCUUGAAUAUGCAGAUGACAUCGUCUUACGGUACGACGAUAUCCAAGUCAUGAAAUACGUACUUAUUUAGUUGGCAAUCAGAGUCCGUAAGUAUGGCAUGUUCUUUCUACCUUCUAAGUGCAGAGUACUUUUACACGACUAGCAAGACCCUGUACAUGCACUUACCACUGCUAGUAAGCAGAUAGAUUUAUGCCAACCUGGGCAAUCUCUGGCUCCUUCCUGAUGUCAGGUUGCCUGUUGAAGGUCAGAUCCAUAAUGUGUCGGUGAGAGCAGUUUUGCUCUAUGCUUGUGAAACCUGGUCUCUUCGAGUUGAGGAUGUUAAACGACUCUCUCUGAUUCAUCAUCGUUGUCUCCGAAGGAUUGUUGACAUCUAGUGGCAACACCACGUUGAUAACGCAGGGGUUCGACAACUCAUGUUCGGGGCACAGCGGUGAAAAUUCAAUUGGUCACCAUUUUGAAACACUGACUUCGAUGACUUGGACAUGUUCUACGAAUGUCAUCCCAGAGAAUUCCACGUCGUGCAUUAUUUGCCGACGCUGGGACUGGUUGGAAAAAGCGGAGGUGGUCAGUGCAUGACAUGGUGUCGUGGUAUGAAAGAAAGCUGCACAAGACUGGUUUCUGUUGAUCCCGUACGAAUUCCUCCGUAGUUAAGGUGCAGCACAGUGGCUUUAGACGUUUCCAUGAAUGGCUUAGAAUAGAAACCAGUGGAGACCCUGUUGUAAAUUUAUAUUACUUUUUAUAUAAAUAUGAACGUAACUUCUUUAACUGAAUGAAUUUUUCUGGUUACAUUUUUCUAACUGAACUGUUUCUCCUACCAUUAUUAUUAUUUCACUCUCAUACACUUAUUUCUAUCCAUUGGUGUUUCUUUAUUAUGCUUUCCUUUAUUUCUUUACAAUCUCACUUUCUUUGUGUGGCGCAUGUAUAUUUGGUUCCCUCUUGUACCGGUGUUUAUGUGUUCAAAUAAUAAUAAUAACAAUAUUCGACUUCAACGUUGUGUUAAUUUAAUUAGUUGACAGGAGAUAGGUUCUACCAUGCCAGGCAGGUCGAUUGGUGAACGGUAAGACUAAAAGCAGCAACUCAAGGUCUGAGGGCGAAGUCGUAAUGCUGACUGUAGAGGGGUGUGACAGCAGUAAAGUGUUUCCCUCAGACAACCAGCAUCUGCAGCGAUGCUGCCUUCCCACAAGGAGGGGUGGGGUUAGAAAAGGUCGACCCUAAAAAUGUCACACCUCACCUUACCUCACGGAUUUCCGUCUCCGGCGGUAAGAGAGCGCCAAUAUAUAUGCGCCACACAAAACAAUGAGAAUUCGAAGAGAAGUAGAAAAAAAACUAAGGAGCGCAAAGGAAAAAGAGAACAAUGACGAAGAGAUUGGAGUAAGGUAGUGUGGUAGUAACGACGGAACGAAAAGGUACAAUCAGAAGAAAUCUUUCAGGUAAAGGAGACACAACCACUUUUUUAUGAAGAAAGUAAAAGAAGGUUACAGCAUGAUCGACACUGG